AUGACGAAUGACGAGUUUGAGCACCGCAAGGGGAGUAUGGUGGAAGAGGGGUUUGGAGAGGUGGAGGAGUCGCUGGUUAAGACGGUGCUGUGGAAGAUGGAUCUCAGGAUUUUGCCCGUCCUCGCGCUUCUGUUUCUGUGCUCGUUCAUCGAUCGCACGAACGUUGGCAACGCGAAAAUCCUCGGUCUGGAGACUGAUAUCCAUAUCAACGACCAUCAGUACGCCAUUGGCUUGUGUGUGUUCUAUGCCACGUACAUUGCAAGCGAAUUGCCCAGCAAUCUCGUUUUGAAGAAGAUCUCGCCCAAGAUCUGGCUGCCAGCCCUGACGGCGGUAUGGGGUAUCUUGACGAUGUGCUUGGGCUUCGUGACUGGCUUCGCCUCCUUCGUGUCUGUACGCGCGCUGCUUGGUAUUGCAGAAGGUGGACUGUUGCCGGGCAUGGUUCUCUACCUCUCGCACUUCUAUAAGCGGACUGAGCUUGCCCUGCGAAUCGGUAUCUUCUACACUGCCGCAUCCUUGUCUGGCGCCUUUGGUGGCCUUCUUGCCCGCGGCCUCAAUGCCAUCGGUCCCGCUGGUGGUCUUGAGGGCUGGAGGUGGAUCUUCAUCAUCGAAGGAAUCAUCACCUUCCUCGUCGGCGUCUCGUCCGCAAUCUUCUUGCCCAACUCUAUUGAGUCCGCCGGCUUCCUUUCAGAUUCCGAGAGGCAAUGUGCUCGCACUCGCCUGAACACUUCUGCGUCCCACGAGCCAUUCUCCUGGUCCGAAGUGCGUCGCGGUGUCUUCAAUCUCCAGGUCUGGCUCAGCGCAACAGCAUACUUCUGCAUCCUGUGCGGUCUUUAUUCGUUUGGUCUGUUCCUCCCAACAAUCGUCAAGGGCGGUUUCUCAACCGACCCAAAUGAAGCGCAACUCUGGACGGUCAUCCCUUAUGCUGCUGCGGCAGUUUUCACGGUCGUCGCAGCCUUCCUGUCCGACCGCCUCGCACUUCGCGGACCCGUCAUGCUCGCCACACUACCCAUCGCCAUCAUUGGCUACGCCGUCAUCAGCGUAACCACCAACCCGAAAGUCCAGUACGGCAUGACCUUCAUGAUGGCGACUGGCAUGUACGCCUCGGUGCCGUGCAUAUUGUCCUGGAACUCGAACAACUCCGCGGGCCACUACAAGCGAGCCACGACCACUGCUCUGCAGCUGGCGAUUGCCAACUCGGGAGGCUUUGUCGCGAGCUUCGUAUACCAGAAGAACGAGGGUCCCAACUUCCACAAGAGCCACCGCAUAAUGCUGGGGCUCCUGUGCGCAGCCUGGGUGCUGAUCGCGGCGAACGUCGCAUGGGUCGCCAAGCUCAACCGCGACAAGGCAAACGGAAAGCACGCAAAAUUCGAGGGCUGCGGAGACGACAGGGAUCCAGAGUUUAAGAUGGUGUUGUAA